GUGGUACCCUCGCCCUACCGUGCUCGGACACCUGUUCGCCUUUUAAACGUCAUGACGUCAUUUCUGUUUACGGACGUCAUUUUCCCGCGCUUUGUAUUAAUUAGAUUUAAAUUAACUGAAAAAGGCGCCUUAAAUUACUAAUAACAGAAUCACAUUUUCAGUAGCUCGCAAUAUAAGGUUAACAGUCUCGUGAUAAAAAAAAAAUAAGGAGGCUCGCUAAAGUUCGCCCUUCAAUUCUUUCUUACCUAAUACAGUCAGCUACCGGACGUGUAAUUCUUAUAUAGCCGGCUACAGUGCAUCUAUUUUAUGUCAGUAACUUUAAGUCAAAUCUUGGUAUUUUGUGACAUUAAAUCAGAGGAAUUGAUAACAUUAUAGGCUGAUAUAGUCUUUAUUCACUACACUCUCUUAGCAAAUAAGUUCUUUUUAAUUUAAGGCGGUGUCCUUAGGGUGGUACUUUUUUAAAGUAGUUUAAUGACAAGCUUGUAACGAAAUAGAAAAUCAAAACACAUGUGUAUGAGAAAAGGUUGUUAUUUUUAAAUCCAUUUUUUCUAAGGCACGAUUAACAAGCCUUUGGAAAGAGACAAAAUACAUUCCAUGGUAGCAUAAAUUAACAGAAUGCUUUUUCGUUUGAAUGAUAUAAUGAUUGUUAAAGUACUUUACAAAAUAUUAAGAGUAGCCAAUGAAACUUCAUUUCAGCAAUUGCCACUUGAACAUCUUUAAAGUAAAAUUUGUCAUCAAGAGUGAGCUUGGUGAUAUGUAAUGUAUUGCGUAUUAAUGUCGGAGUUAAGACACUACUACUGCAAAAUAACAGAUGGUUGUAGAAAACGUCUCCAAAUUGGUUCAUGCAAGAACUUUGAGUUACAAAUAGAUCCCUUUAAAUCUCAGUGUUUAGCGUUGUUUACUAGGCAGACUUCAUAGUUUCAAACGAAAUAAAAUGUUGGUUUCUCAACGGAACUUAUGUAUUUAAAUAUUAAUAUUAUAAGUGAAACAAAAGCCAAUUUGCAGCUUGAAUUAAUGCCAAACGAUGGAAAAUUACUCGGGAAAUAAAAACACUCACAAGGAAAGUGGCACAAACAGUUUAAGUGAAGUGCUAACAACCGAAGAAUUUCCCAUAGUUGCAAGAAUAUCUAAGACGAAUGAACUUGCAGGAAACUAUUCGAUAGAAAACAAAGAAGUCCUGUUUCAAAGGCGUUUGAAAACAAGAUAUGCACAGGUUAGAAUUCUGGACUUUAAAGACAAGCAGAAAUCUGAAGAAGAAAAAGGCAUUGAUUUCAUCAUGGAACAUGAUAAUUUUGUUGAUGAUAAUUUUCUUAUUCCAGUUAAAUAUAAUGGAACAUUGAAGUUCAUUCAUAGACCAGGCAGCCGGAUGAGAUAUGCUUCUAUAUUGCAGGUUCUCAAAGAAUUACCCCGAUUCUUGCUUGUUGGAGAAGACACAGUUGCCAUGCCAUCAAAUGGCAUAGGUAAAAACAUUAUCGUUCCAGCAAAGACAAUUCUGGAAGUUGUUAGAAAAUACAACGCUGAUGGAGAAACGUAUUUACAAUGCAGUGAUGGCCACGAUUCAUAUGCUUUCAGUGAGAAAGAUAGGGUAAACUUCACCGGAGUCGAAGAUGAGAAAUCAUAUCAUCUGUUUGAGCUGGUGCGUCUGAAAUUAUUGCCACAGGUAUUUCAGUUUAAAGAUGUUGAUCCUACAGAUAUAAUUCUGGCGAAUGAGGAACUGAAUAGUGGCCUGUUGACAAUGGCCUGUGGACCAAUGGAAUUAUUGCGAUUUGUUGACGUUGACAUUAUUGUUGGUUGGCUGAGAGAUAACAGACAGAAGACAUAUGAAACCUUAAUAAUUCCAAGUAACCUAUGGCCAAUGAUUCAGCUUCAAACGCGAGCAUUUCCAGACCAAAAGGGGAAGCACAACUACAUUGAAAGAAAAUUUCGUCACUGCAUACAUACAGAUUUUGUAGAGAGGUCUCUAUAUAUAAUAUCCAUGGACCAGUCUGAGAUAACCUGGUUAAGAAGUCCUGAUUUCUACGAGCGCAAUUAUUCGGGUAGUUCAAUGUAUGAUGUGGUGCAUAUUGAUUUUCAAGAUUCGUCUGAGGAUGAAAACGAGGCCAAUGGGAAAUAUACCGAAAUCUUUGACUGCCCUCCACCAAUACCAGAAAGACCAACAAUGGUGUUAGAUCCACAGGUUCCUACACACUUACUUCCUGAAGUUAAGGAGAAAAUGUCAGUUUAUGAGAAAGCCCACAAAGAGUUAUCAAAUUGGUUCACACCAAAAAGUAAGCAGAAGAAAACCAAAAGAAAGAAAAGAAAAGAUAGUAAUUCAAAUAUUCAAUCACAGAAGAAGGUAACAAACGCAUUGACUCCUAAUAAGAUAUCUAGGUGUUCUUCGGAAAGUGAUGCCAGAGACGGUAUUGGUGCUAAACACAACACAAAACAACUGCACGGCUCCCAGCCUGCAUUAGAUAAAAACAAAUUUCAUUCUGUUGAAUCUGUUACCGAGGAAACAAGCCUUUACUUGCAUCCCGAUGAAAGGUCUACUAGAUUAGUGAGCUCGGAUGAAAACAUACGACAGAAAUCGCCAACAUCGCCAAAUUUAUCAAUAUCUAAGUGUAGUUCACAGACCCCGUCCGGUGCGAACUCAGAUUUCGAUGAGUUGGAUUCGGACUCAUCACAUGAUUAUAACUAUCCAGUCUUCGAGGCGUUUGUCUCUCCACCGCCCGAUGCCCUUCAUGAUCAGUCAGAGACCGAUUCAAGCAUGUUCCCAGCGGCUGUGCAAGACUCAGAGCCAAAGUCGCCAAGCAGGAACAUAAUAGAAAGGGAUGCGACCGCUUCUGUCAAAGAGCAUUCUGUUCAAGGAGAGAAUUUGCCUGAGGAAAAUUUUUAUCGAUGUUCAGUUUUUGAAACUUCACAAUGCUUUAGACAUUGUGGCAUGGAAGAGUUUGCAGAUGAAUGUUUCAAGAACAGACUUGAUGGCUCUUUUUUCAAAAGCUUUGAUCUGCAAGAAUUGAAAGGAGAUCCUUUCCAUCUUUCCAACUUUCAUGUUCUAAAAGUCAGAAAAAUAAUAUAUGAAGGUUGGAGACCGAGUAACGGCAACAAUUAAGGUUCUGUAGGACAUUAAUGGAACUUGUAACGAGAACUUUUAUACUGAACACAAUCAAUUAAAGACAGGUGCGGUUCUAUAAUUUUAUUCAUGUAAAAUGCGAAUAUUGUGUCGUAAAUAUGUACUCACUUGUUAGUUAUUCUAUUGCGUCAUCAGCACAUCUUGUUUCAAAGCAGUGAAAAUAUCAUAUUUAAUUUUCAAUGACUUGUAUGCGACAGAAUAUGAAUUAUAUCUCAUAGGAAGUUCUUUGCAAAAUAUACUUCAAUAAAGAUAUAGAUGUAUAUAAAUACUUACACAAAAAUAAAGAUAUAGUCUCAACUGUAAUAAAAUGUGAAAGAAAUCUGACAAUUUGAUAGAACUAUUUGACUUUUUUCAACAAAAAUAUCUGGACGUCACGACAUUGUGAUACCAUGAUAUAAUGCAUGUUUAUUGAAAUAUUUAUUUAUAAAUAUAAUCAAAUGGUAUUGGAUCGUACAUUCGAAUUUCAAAAAAGCAUAAUGUUCUUUGUUCUUUGUUAAAUUCGCCCUUGUCCUAUCGAUUACACAGAUUCUGGAAAUCUCGCUCCUACUUCUCAAGUACGUCUCCCUUUUCGUCGAUAUUGUAUUAGUCAUUUCUGGAGCCCAAACAACGUAUCUUAUCUCAACACUUUGAGGAAGGUUGGUAUAUUUUGUCUCUAUCUCUACGACCUUUGCAGGCGUUUUCUGGUUCAACAAAAUGCAAUCGAAGUAUUCUCGCCGUAUUGCUAAUUAAACAUUUAUGCUGUCACACCUGAGAAAUGCACUUUCUUUAAUUCUCAUAUCAUUCCACGUUACAGUACGGCAUUUUUGUCAUGUACCGUUUUUCCUGUUUAUUUGAUAUCUCAUUUUUUGUAAUUUCCGUGGCAGUUCAGUUACAACAUAUAUUGACACUUUUGGUAGGUACGUUUUGUAUUAUUUGCUGACGGCAUAAUCACAAUAAAGUGCGCACAUAUCCUAAAAAUGUGCCAUUUUAUGAAGCGGUAGGAAAUGAAAAUUUAUAAUCUUUAUACUCUACAAUGUCUUAUGCAUCAGGGCACGUAGUUGGAAUAGCACAAAUGUAUCCACAAAGUAUCGAAAUUUUGACUUGUUUACACCUACUACCACAAGGGGCCGUGUCCUACACACUAAUGUUAUCAAAAGGCACUGGAGUAUUUUAUCCGUUUAUUUCAUAACAAAUCAUGGUAAAAUCGUUACUGGAUUUUGUAUAUGCAUAAAUGAGAUCAAAUAAAGACAGGUAUUAAACAAAAUAUGUGUUUAAAAUAAAAACUGAGCACAUUUCAUGUACCUGUACUUACGGACCAAGCUAAAAUUAUGUUACAAUAACCUACAUUGUUUAAACAUCAUGUUCGAAUGAAAUGCAUAUGAACAAUAUGUUCAUGUGUACAUUUAUAGUUCUGAAAAUUUACUUUUCUACCUUAUAUUACAACAUGGUGCAAGUCCACGGCUACCUAUUUAAGUAACUUUAAUAUUUGCCAGUUGCCAUUCUGACAUAUAUUUCAUAAAGUUGCACGGUUGAUUUGAACAUUCAUGGCAGUAACAACUUAGCGAUUUGGUGUACAACUUAUUUAUAGCACCAACUGACCUAACACAGUGAAUCUUCAGUGUACCAACAACUGUUUUGAUGUUUGGAUAAUUUUUGUCAACGUUUUUCUGGUCAAUGAACAUAAACUGUCUGCGUGAUAAGCUACUUUGCGUGCUUGUUGUUUUCUGUGUAAAGUCUACACUUAAUCUGCUGUUACAGAGUUUCAUUAGGCCUUCUGCACAUGUAAUCAUUGCCCUGCUACCAAUGACAGCUUUGUAACAGGCAUAUUUCACAGUCGCCCUAAGUCCAUCACACACAGAUUUACCAUGACUUGUUUCAUAAAAAUUAAAUAUGUUUAUUGUUAGUUGCUCACUUUUGAGCAAGAAGAUGUUAAUGAAAUGGCUAUCUAACACCAUGACUUAAGAACAUUUGUUUGUACUUUCUUGUUAAUAACUGUUUAAUGGUUUUAUGCAUGGUGUUUUCGAACAACAAAUUGUUUUUCUUAUGUAUUUAUUAUUAUUUUGCUUUUAUAAUUAGUAACUGGAAUUUAUUGUUUAUAUUUUUAGUAAUGUAUGUAUGAUAUUUAUGCUUUUAUAAUUACAGUUCUGUCUACAAUAUUCAAUUUUCAAUAUUUUGAAUAAAACAAUAUUUUUUUCAUAAUAUUGAUUAGGUAACAACCGUUUAAAUGUCUAUUUCAUGCUACAUUUUACCAAAAUGAAAUUUAUGACAUUGUAGGAUGAAAUCGGUAACUUAUUUAAACAUCUGAUUUUGAGGGGCCGUGUCCUACAAAAUUUACUUUGAAUCGCUUCAUUAAAUCUAUACAAAACCAGAAAGUUAAAAGUUAUAUACCCUAUACUUAUCAUUCAAAGACAUAUUUACGCUGGUAAAAUAUAAAUACUCAAACUUUACUGGAAGCAGGAAAUCUUCAUGAGGGCCGUGUCCUACACGAGUUUUGUGGACAGCCCAACUGCUGGUUUUAACACCAAAUGUCUUAGUUAUAUGUGUAUAUAGACCUUCAAAACCAUUGAAAUUCUUCAACGUCGGUUUGUGUGCUACAUUAUAACACACUGCAAAUUUUCAUAAAGAUUACAUGUCAACCGAUUGAUACCACACUGUUUUUAUACGCAUCACAGAAUAUACCAUAAACGCUGUAUUUUUUUUUUAUUCUGUUACUUCCCAGGUUUUUCCAUAUUCUGGUAUUCCUGUGACAGUAACUGAAUAACCAAAGACCAAAAUUAGCGUUGUUUUGACCAAGAUUUACAAUUUCGGCGUCUUUGAAUUUUAAGCAUUUAUAAAAAGUCCCUGCAUAACACAAUUUUUUGGCCAUUUUUAGUGGUAUAAACACAUCAUAAAACGCCUGAAUGUUGACAGAUUCACUCCCCGUUUGUUGUGUUGGUUAAGGAAUUAUAGAAAGCUGUAAUAAAUCACAACAAAAGAAACCUUACUUUAUACUGUACCAUAUAACAUGCUCAGUCACCAAUGUGCGCACUUUAUUGUGACAUUGCCGUGAAUGACAGGGUAAUCUUGACCUAUCUCCUGAUAGACCUUUCAAAUUAUAUUCAUCUACAAGUGACUGUACCGUCCAUACUUUGAAUGAACGAUGUUUGUAAAAUGUCAUACAGAAAACAUAGGUGAUAUACGAUAACCUUUUCUUAAUAUAGCAAUAUAUUAAUUACUAUUUUAUCAGACAGUAAGGACGCACAACUUUGCUUCAUUCAUAAGUACAAAAAAUUCGUACCUUUGAAGAGCAACCGUCUUGUCUGUACAUUUUCUUCCAGGACUUUGAUCAAUUUCAUUCAUUAUGUCUGGAACUCACUUGAACACAAAUAAGCAUAAAAUCCCUGAUUACGACUUUAGGGACAAUUUGUUUCAAAUCGGUGUACAACAUAAAUAAACUAAUAAACUAUAA